CUUUCUCGGCCGCCAUUUUGGCUGGGGCAGGUUCGGGGACUCGGUCCGAGGCGCUUGUAUUGUCUGCUGAGGGGAGACGCGGGAUCAGCCCCCUCCCCCGCCCGUUGCCGCCGCCGCCUCCGCCGGCCCGGUCUCCCCUCCGCCGCCCGCCGGGAUCCAUGAACUGAACUCCCGCCCCCCCCCCCCCGGCCGCCGCCAUCUUGUGCCCCCUCCCCCUCCCGCAGGCAGCGCUAAGGGGGAUUUUGGCGUCUUCUCAGACACAGCUCCCUCUCUCGGUCCCCGCUGCUGAGGAGCGAGAGGAGCGCGGCCGCCGCCGCCCGCGCCGGUGAAGCCGCCUCUCCCACACCCUCCGUCUCCUCCCUCCGCCCCUCCUUUGUCUGCACCGCUCGACGACGCCGCCGCCGCCCGCCGCUCUGCUGCGCCCGCCGCGCCCCCCGGCAGCACCCGCGGCCGCGGCGCGAGCCGGAGUCCGCCGAGCCGGAGCGCGACGAGGCCCCGGGCGCGCCCUCCCCGCUGCCGCCACCGCCGUGCCGCCGCCAUCCGCCCGCCGCCGCCGCCGCUGUCCGGCCCCCGAGCACGCCGGCCCCGCGCGCGCCUCGAGGCCGAGUCAAGGUGUGAGAUGCACAAUGCGAAACCUAGGCCCCAGCUUUUACACCAUGAUGCGCAGGGUUGUACUUUUUGUACUGAACUGAUAGGUGGCCUAGUGGUUAUGCCCUGUACUACCAUUUUGAGGAUCUGGACUCCGUUUCCUGCCUUGCUCUUUGGACCACAUUGUCAAUUCACACCGAAUACUAUAGCAGUAGGCAGGACAGUUCCAAUUCAACAAAAACCUCUUUACCCUGGCACUCAAAACUGUAAUGAUGAUGAACUGAAACUAUGUUCCAACUUCCUGUCAACAAUCUUGGCAGUUUAAGAAAAGCCCGGAAAACUGUGAAAAAAAUACUUAGUGACAUUGGGUUGGAAUACUGUAAAGAACAUAUAGAAGAUUUUAAACAAUUUGAACCUAAUGACUUUUAUUUGAAAAACACUACAUGGGAGGAUGUAGGACUGUGGGACCCAUCGCUUACGAAAAACCAGGACUAUCGGACAAAACCUUUCUGCUGCAGCGCUUGUCCAUUUUCCUCAAAAUUCUUCUCUGCCUACAAAAGUCAUUUCCGCAAUGUCCAUAGUGAAGACUUUGAAAAUAGGAUUCUCCUUAAUUGCCCCUACUGUACCUUCAAUGCAGACAAAAAGACUUUGGAAACACACAUUAAAAUAUUUCAUGCUCCGAACGCCAGCGCACCAAGUAGCAGCCUCAGCACUUUCAAAGAUAAAAACAAAAAUGAUGGCCUUAAACCUAAGCAGGCUGACAGUGUAGAGCAAGCUGUUUAUUACUGUAAGAAGUGCACUUACCGAGAUCCUCUUUAUGAAAUAGUUAGGAAGCACAUUUACAGGGAACAUUUUCAGCAUGUGGCAGCACCUUACAUAGCAAAGGCAGGAGAAAAAUCACUCAAUGGGGCAGUCCCCUUAGGCUCAAAUGCCCGAGAAGAGAGUAGUAUUCACUGCAAGCGAUGCCUUUUCAUGCCAAAGUCCUAUGAAGCUUUGGUACAGCAUGUCAUCGAAGACCAUGAACGUAUAGGCUAUCAGGUCACUGCCAUGAUUGGGCACACAAAUGUAGUGGUUCCCCGAUCCAAACCCUUGAUGCUAAUUGCUCCCAAACCUCAAGACAAGAAGAGCAUGGGACUCCCACCAAGAAUCGGUUCCCUUGCUUCUGGAAAUGUCCGGUCUUUACCAUCACAGCAGAUGGUGAAUCGACUCUCAAUACCAAAGCCUAACUUAAAUUCUACAGGAGUCAACAUGAUGUCCAGUGUUCAUCUGCAGCAGAACAACUAUGGAGUCAAAUCUGUAGGCCAGGGUUACAGUGUUGGUCAGUCAAUGAGACUGGGUCUAGGUGGCAACGCACCAGUUUCCAUUCCUCAACAAUCUCAGUCUGUAAAGCAGUUACUUCCAAGUGGAAAUGGAAGGUCUUAUGGGCUUGGGUCAGAGCAGAGGUCCCAGGCACCAGCAAGAUACUCCCUGCAGUCUGCUAAUGCCUCUUCUCUCUCAUCGGGCCAGUUAAAGUCUCCUUCCCUCUCUCAGUCACAGGCAUCCAGAGUGUUAGGUCAGUCCAGUUCCAAACCUGCUGCAGCUGCCACAGGCCCUCCCCCAGGUAACACUUCCUCAACUCAAAAGUGGAAAAUAUGUACAAUCUGUAAUGAGCUUUUUCCUGAAAAUGUCUAUAGUGUGCACUUCGAAAAAGAACAUAAAGCUGAGAAAGUCCCAGCAGUAGCCAACUACAUUAUGAAAAUACACAAUUUUACUAGCAAAUGCCUCUACUGUAAUCGCUAUUUACCCACAGAUACCCUGCUCAACCAUAUGUUAAUUCAUGGUCUGUCUUGUCCAUAUUGCCGUUCAACUUUCAAUGAUGUGGAAAAGAUGGCCGCACACAUGCGGAUGGUUCACAUUGAUGAAGAGAUGGGACCUAAAACAGAUUCUACUUUGAGUUUUGAUUUGACAUUGCAGCAGGGUAGUCACACUAACAUCCAUCUCCUGGUAACUACAUACAAUCUGAGGGAUGCCCCAGCUGAAUCUGUUGCUUACCAUGCCCAAAAUAAUCCUCCAGUUCCUCCAAAGCCACAGCCAAAAGUUCAGGAAAAGGCAGAUAUCCCUGUAAAAAGUUCACCUCAAGCUGCAGUGCCCUAUAAAAAAGAUGUUGGGAAAACCCUUUGUCCUCUUUGCUUUUCAAUCCUAAAAGGACCCAUAUCUGAUGCACUUGCACAUCACUUACGAGAGAGGCACCAAGUUAUUCAGACGGUUCAUCCAGUUGAGAAAAAGCUCACCUACAAAUGUAUCCAUUGCCUUGGUGUGUAUACCAGCAACAUGACCGCCUCAACUAUCACUCUGCAUCUAGUUCACUGCAGGGGUGUUGGAAAGACCCAAAAUGGCCAGGAUAAGACAAAUGCACCCUCUCGGCUUAAUCAGUCUCCAAGUCUGGCACCUGUGAAGCGCACUUAUGAGCAAAUGGAAUUUCCCUUACUGAAAAAACGAAAGUUAGAUGAUGAUAGUGAUUCACCCAGCUUCUUUGAAGAGAAGCCUGAAGAGCCUGUUGUUUUAGCUUUAGACCCCAAGGGUCAUGAAGAUGAUUCCUAUGAAGCCAGGAAAAGCUUUCUAACAAAGUAUUUCAACAAACAGCCCUAUCCCACCAGGAGAGAAAUUGAGAAGCUAGCAGCCAGUUUAUGGUUAUGGAAGAGUGACAUCGCUUCCCAUUUUAGUAACAAAAGGAAGAAGUGUGUCCGUGAUUGUGAAAAGUACAAGCCUGGCGUGUUGCUGGGGUUUAACAUGAAAGAAUUAAAUAAAGUCAAGCAUGAGAUGGAUUUUGAUGCUGAGUGGCUAUUUGAAAAUCAUGAUGAGAAGGAUUCCAGAGUCAAUGCUAGUAAGACUGCUGACAAAAAGCUCAACCUUGGGAAGGAAGAUGACAGUUCCUCAGACAGUUUUGAAAAUUUGGAAGAAGAAUCCAAUGAAAGUGGUAGCCCUUUUGACCCUGUUUUUGAAGUUGAACCUAAAAUCUCUAGCGAUAACCCAGAGGAACAUGUACUGAAGGUAAUUCCUGAGGAUGCUUUAGAAUCUGAGGAGAAGCUAGACCAAAAAGAGGAUGGUUCAAAAUACGAAACUAUUCAUUUGACUGAGGAACCAACCAAACUAAUGCACAAUGCAUCUGAUAGUGAGGUUGACCAAGACGAUGUUGUUGAGUGGAAAGACGGUGCUUCUCCAUCUGAGAGUGGGCCUGGAUCCCAACAAGUGUCAGACUUUGAGGACAAUACCUGCGAAAUGAAACCAGGAACCUGGUCUGACGAGUCUUCCCAAAGCGAAGAUGCAAGGAGCAGUAAGCCAGCUGCCAAAAAAAAGGCUACCAUGCAAGGUAACAGAGAGCAGUUGAAAUGGAAGAAUAGUUCCUAUGGAAAAGUUGAAGGGUUUUGGUCUAAGGACCAGUCACAGUGGAAGAAUGCAUCUGAGAAUGAUGAGCGCUUAUCUAACCCCCAGAUUGAGUGGCAGAAUAGCACAAUUGACAGUGAGGAUGGGGAACAGUUUGACAACAUGACUGAUGGAGUAGCUGAGCCCAUGCAUGGCAGCUUAGCCGGAGUUAAACUGAGCAGCCAACAGGCCUAAGUGUCAGGUUCCCUGGCGUUGGUGACAUGCUGCAGCCUGGAACUCUGAUCUCCAGUGUGACUGCAAAGCUGUCUUCUCACUGGUACUGCCUUGUGAGUACUGGUUGGACUGUGGGGCAUGUGGCCGCUGCAGUUCCAGUGGUUAUUUCUAAGUCUAUGACAGGACAGGCUGUUCUUGCUUCAGAACCUUCUCUGACAGACACGGUAACUAAAUGUGAAAAACCAAUAAGCUGGUGACUCAUGAAUACACACGAGGAAAAGCAGAGGUUUAUUUUAUCUGCCUUUUCAACAUUUCUUUCCCUCUGUGAAAUGAUUGGUCAGAUGUCUUUGAGAAGUGUUAAACUAAUUCACAUGGUAGUGUAGGGCCAACAUACAAGCUACCAGUCUAAUGUGUAUAGUAGACUUUGGGAAAAGCGAUUUUUUUUUCAUGUAUUCAUUCUGAAUAGUUGAAAUGUAUAUUUGUACAGUCUUUUAGACCUAUUCAAGUGAUGCUCAUGAUCCUGUUACUGUGUGCCCAUCAUAGAUUUCUUUUUUUAGUGUUGCCCUUGCUGUGUAAUAAACGCUCUAUCUAGUUUACCUAGCAAAAGCUCAAAACUGCGCUAGUAUGGACUUUUUGGACAGACUUAGUUUUUGCACAUAACCUUGUACAAUCUUGCAACAGAGGCCAGCCACGUAAGAUAUAUAUCUGGACUCUCUUGUAUUAUAGGAUUUUUCUUGUUCUGAAUAUCCUUGACAUUACAGCUGUCAAAAACAAAAACUGGUAUUUCAGAUCUGUUUUCUGAAAUCUUUUAAGCUAAAAUCACAUGCAAGAAUUGACUUUGCAGCUACUAAUUUUGACACCUUUUAGAUCUGUAUAAAAGUGUGUUGUGUUGAAGCAGCAAACCAAUGAGUGCUGCAUUUUGGAUAUUUAGUUUUAUCUUUAGUUCAACACCAUCAUGGUGGAUUCAUUUAUACCAUCUAAUAUAUGACACACUGUUGUAGUAUGUAUAAUUUUGUGAUCUUUAUUUUCCCUUUGUAUUCAUUUUAAGCAUCUAAAUAAAUUGCUGUAUUGUGCUUAAUGUAAA